AUCCAACACCAUCAUCAUCAGAGCCUCCUCCAUAAUCUGAUUCUCUUCUUUCCUCUCACUCAGUAGCUCAUUCUCAUAAAAUGGCAUUCUCAAAUGCUCUGGUUUUGGGCUUAUUUGUAGCAAUCAACAUGGUCCUGCCAACACUUGCAACUGUAUACAGUGUGGGAGAUACUUCAGGUUGGGCAGCUGGUGCUGAUUAUAGCACAUGGACUAGUGACAAGACCUUUGCAGUUGGUGAUAGCCUUGUGUUCAACUAUGGAGCUGGACACACUGUGGAUGAAGUUAAAGAGAGUGACUACAAAUCCUGCACCACAGGAAAUUCACUGAGCACAGACAGUAGUGGGAAAACCACCAUUGCCCUCAAGACUGCAGGCACUCAUUACUUCAUAUGUUCUGUUCCUGGACAUUGUUCAGGUGGCAUGAAACUUGCAGUUACUGUCAAAGGCGCUGCUUCUUCUACAACACCAUCAUCUGGGAAGGGUUCACCUUCAACCACCACAGGCACACCCACCUCCACCACCACCACCCCCACCGCCAAAACAGAUUCAUCUUCAGGGGAUAGUCUCUCACCAUUUGUUGCUAUGUUGAUUGUUUCAUGGAUCUUCUACUAUGCUUUGCCUCUGGUAUGAUGAUGAUAGACUUUUGAGAUAAUUCAGAGAAAAGCCAGGGCAGAGUCAGUGCUUAAUUUCAUGGUUUCUUACUAUUAUUAUUAUUAUUAUUGUUAUCUUUUAGCUUUCUUGUUUGAUCUAUUCAGAUUUUUCUAUGAUUAUUAGUUGAGGUUCUAGCAGCAUCAGUCACUUAGUAGUCAUCAGUUAUCUAGGGAAAUCAAACAUGUUUUUCUUGCUGAUUUUUAAUUAAUAUGAAGGGUGAGGUGAUUGUUGCUUCUUA